CUUGCACCUUCCCUUCCAUUACAAGAAGAUUUCAUUUACCACUGGAAAGCAAUCACCCAUUACUACAUAGAGACAUCAGAUGACAAAGCUCCUGUGACUGAUACCAACAUUCCUUCUCACCUGGAACAGAUGUUGGAUAUUCUAGUUCAAGAAGAAAAUGAGAGGGAAUCAGGUGAAACAGGACCAUGUAUGGAAUAUCUGCUACAUCACAAGAUUUUGGAGACACUGUACACUCUAGGAAAAGCUGAUUGUCCUCCAGGAAUGAAACAACAAGUUUUGGCUUUUUAUACAAAACUUCUUGGAAGAAUACGACAACCUCUUCUUCCCCACAUAAAUGUGCAUAGGCCAGUGCAGAAAUUAAUCAGACUGUGUGGUGAAGUUCUGGCAACACCAACAGAAAAUGAGGAAAUUCAAUUUCUCUGUAUAGUGUGUGCAAAGCUGAAACAGGAUCCAUACCUGGUCAACUUCUUCCUCGAGAAUAAGUUAAAAGCAAUGGCUUCCAAAGGAUCAGCAAGUGUAAUCACAGAAGACAUGCUAAAAGGCCAAGAUUUGUUGACAACAGACACAGAGCAGGCAGUUCAGCCCGAAGAGAUACCCAGUGGUGCUGGAGCGGAGCAAAUGGAGAAGGAAGAUGACCUGCUGCAACAGGCAGAUGAUCUCUCUUUCAGUCUGGAUGAACUGAAUGUCACAUCAUCACCUGAGUCCUCCACUGUUUGUCCAAAUCAAGACUAUAAUUUAGUGAACUCUCUACUAAACCUCACUAAAAGUCCUGACGGCCGGAUAGCGGUGAAGGCCUGCGAAGGCCUCAUGCUUUUGGUGAGUUUGCCAGAACCAGCAGCCGCCAAGUGCCUGACUCAAAACACUUGUUUAUGUGAACUGUUGACAGACAGGCUGGCCACCCUCUACAAAGCCCUUCCUCAGUCACUGGAUCCCUUGGACAUUGAAACAGUGGAGGCAAUUAACUGGGGUUUGGAUUCCUAUAGCCACAAAGAAGAUGCAUCUGCUUUUCCAGGGAAAAGGGCGUUGAUUUCGUUCCUUUCGUGGUUUGACUACUGUGAUCAACUCAUCAAAGAAGCACAAAAGACUGCUGCUGUUGCUAUGGCAAAAGCUGUGCGGGAGCGAUUUUUCGUUGAUGUUAUGGAACCCCAGCUGAUGCAAACUUCAGAGAUGGGAAUCCUCACAUCAACUGCACUAUUGCAUCGCAUUGUGCGUCAAGUGACUUCAGAUGUCUUGCUGCAGGAAAUAGUUUAUUUUAUACUUGGAGACCACAGAGAGCCAGAAACUUUAACAGAUAUCAACAGACAUCCGUUGCGACACAGGUUGAUUGAACACUGUGAUCAUAUUUCUGAUGAGAUCAGCAUAAUGACUUUACGAAUGUUUGAGCACCUUUUGCAAAAACCAAAUGAGCACAUUCUUUAUAAUUUGGUUCUGAGAAAUUUAGAAGAAAGAAACUAUACGGAAUACAAGCCUUUCUGUCAAGAAGAUAAAGAUGUGGUAGAGAACGGACAGAUUGCAGGAGCAGUAGACCUAGAGGAAGAUCCAUUAUUUACGGAUCUGUCUCCAGAUAACACAUUGUCAACUCAAGAGUGGCUCAGUGCUUCUCCACCUGUCAGUCCAGAACAUUCAAAAAAUGAUGGGAAGACUGAAGUUCAUAAAAUUGUAAAUAGUUUUCUCUGUCUUGUACCUGAUGAAGCUAAGUCAUCAUACCAUGUGGAGGGUACAGGGUACGAUACUUACCUCAGAGAUGCCCACAGACAAUUCCGGGAUUACUGUGUCAUCUGUUUACGGUGGGAGUGGCCUGGAUCUCCCAGACCUUUGGAAAAGUGCAAUUUAGAAGCAUCAUUUUUUGAAGGACACUUUUUGAAAGUCCUGUUUGAAAGAAUGGGCAGGAUUCUUGAUCAGCCCUAUGAUGUAAAUUUACAAGUUACAUCAGUGUUGUCCAAACUGGCCUUGUUUCCGCAUCCUCAUAUACAUGAGUACCUUUUGGAUCCUUAUGUAAACCUAGCUUCUGGCUGCAGGUCUCUCUUCUCUGUUAUUGUCAGGGUCGUUGGGGAUCUCAUGGUUAGAAUCCAGCGCAUCCCAGAUUUCACUCCCAAACUUCUGCUGGUCAGGAAACGCUUGCUGGGCUUGGAGCCGGAAGGGCCCAUCAUUGACCACAUGACGUUACUAGAGGGCGUGAUUGUGCUGGAAGAAUUCUGCAAAGAGCUGGCAGCAAUUGCAUUUGUGAAGUAUCAUGCCUCAUCUACACCAUAA